GAACUCUCCACAAUAUGGCUCUGGGACCGAAGAUUCUCGAUCGCAAACUCCGACUGGCCUUGGACCAGCGCCAGCGUGAGGGGAGGCUGAUUCAACCAGCUUCCCCAAGCGAAGUGCAAGGCACCAUCGACUUCGGAUCCAACGAUACCCUAUCCUUGUCAGGUUCCGGCGCUUUGAGUCGAGCCUUUUUGCACCAGCUUGAGAAACAUCCAGAUUUCACAGUCGGGAGCAGCAGCACCCGCAUCUUCGAGGGUCUCAGACAGUAUCUUGAAGAUAUUGAGCGUGACCUGGCUACAUUCUACAAUGCUGAGAAUGCAAUGGUAUUCGGCUCAGGGUUUGACGCAAAUGUGGCCAUUUGGUCUGUGAUCUCGCAGCCUGGGGACAUCGUCAUCUUCGAUGAACUUAUGCAUGCCUGUGCCCGUCAGGGAAUGAAGAAUGGGCGCGCUAAGGCUGUGCCAUUUGUGCACAACGACUGUGCCUCUCUCCGGAGUUGUCUCGAGAACGCCCGAGAGCGGAACCACGGCAUCGCAGAGGGCAAGCAAGUGGUGUUUGUCUGCUUUGAAUCAGUCUACAGCAUGGAUGGAGACGAGGCUCCCAUCCAUGAGAUCAUUCAAAUAGCAUCUGAAUCACUUCCCCUGGGCAAUUAUGUGCUUGUUAUCGACGAAGCCCAUUCCAACGGACUCGUUGGGCCUAAUGGAUCAGGCUUGAUUGCUCAAUAUGGCUUGGAAAAAGAGUUCAUUAUCAGGGUCCAGACUUGUGGUAAAGCCCUCGGGGCAUCAGGAGGUGUCGUUUUAUGUAACGACACGAUCAAGCAAACCUUGCUGAAUUAUUCCGGCAAUGUCCUAUUCACAACAGCCCCUAGCUUUGUGACGGUUGUCGCUAUAAGGGCUGCAUAUGAGCUGCUGGCAAGUAAGGACGGUGACAGACGUCGAGCGCGACUGCAGCACAACAUCAAGUUUACCUACUGGACCUUGACAAACCACCCACAGUGGGAGGAAGCUAAGGACAGAGGCAUCAUUCGACUUCCAACCGAGACAGGCUGGCGCUCUAGGACAUUCAGGUCCGCGAUAUUCGCACUGGUAACACAACCGGGCAAGGCGCGCAGCCUGGCGAAGCCCCUACAGCAGGCUAAAUUCUGGGUCAACGCAGUCGAUUAUCCGAUUGUGCCGAGGAACCUGGACCGCGUGCGACUCAUGGUACAUGCUGAUAACACUGAGGAGCAAAUCGGCGCCGUUGUGCAAAUCAUUAUGAGGUGGGCGAUGGGACAAAUGAAGUCGGAGACGAUGAAAUUGGAUAGAAUGGCACGACUAUAGGUGAUAAGAGUAGGUGGGCAGCUCAGACAGAA